AAGGGUCUGCGCAGGCGCCCUGGGUCUUUCGUAAAGAGGGUCACCAUUGAGCCUCCAGGCGACAGGCUUGCGCAUUGAGGACGUGUGGGACUCAUUUCGUGCAGAAAUCGGUGGUGACGUAAUGAGAGAGGAGGCGAUCAAGGAACGGAAGCCGGGAGGGAACUAGGGCGAAAGGGACCAGGGCCGGGGUUGUGUUCGGAGCCUUGGCGGGGCUGAGGUUCCGAUGUGGUCCCCGGAGAGGGAGGCCGAGGCCUCGGCCGGGGGAGACCCGGCGGGCCUGCUGCCCCCCGAGUGGGAAGAGGAUGAGGAGCGCAUGUCCUUCUUGUUCUCCGCCUUCAAAAGGAGUCGCGAGGUGAACAGCACCGACUGGGACAGCAAGAUGGGCUUCUGGGCGCCGUUGGUUCUGAGCCACAGCCGCCGCCAGGGGGUGGUGCGCCUGCGUCUGCGGGACUUGCAGGAGGCCUUUCAGCGCAAGGGCAGCGUCCCGCUGGGGCUGGCCACGGUGCUGCAGGAUCUGCUGCGUCGAGGGGAGCUACAGCGGGAGGCAGACUUCAUGGCCAGUGUGGACAGCAGCUGGAUCUCCUGGGGGGUAGGGGUCUUCUUGCUGAAACCCCUCAAAUGGACUCUUGCCAACAUGCUGGGGGAUAAUAAGGUUCCUGCCGAGGAGGUGCUUGUGGCUGUGGAGCUGCUUAAGGAAAAGGCUGAGGAGGUGUAUCGUCUGUAUCAGAACUCUCCUCUCUCCUCCCACCCUGUGGUGGCCUUGUCAGAGCUGAGCACCCUUUGCGUGGGCUCCUGCCCAGAUGAGCGGACCUUCUACUUGGUGUUGUUGCAGCUGCAGAAAGAGAAGAGAGUCACAGUCCUCGAGCAGAAUGGGGAGAAGAUUGUGAAGUUUGCCCGGGGACCACAUGCCAAGGUCUCACCUGUCAACGAUGUAGAUGUUGGGGUGUACCAGCUGAUGCAGAGCGAGCAGCUGCUUUCACGCAAAGUGGAGUCCUUAUCCCAGGAAGCAGAGAGGUGUAAAGAGGAAGCUCGCCAGGCAUGCCGAGCAGGAAAGAAGCAGCUGGCACUGAGGUCUCUCAAGGCCAAGCAGCGAACAGAGAAGCGCAUUGAGGCCCUGCACGCCAAGCUGGACACUGUUCAGGGCAUCCUGGACCGGAUCUAUGCCUCCCAGACUGAUCAGAUGGUUUUUAAUGCCUAUCAGGCUGGGGUAGGAGCACUAAAGCUCUCCAUGAAGGAUGUCACAGUGGAGAAGGCGGAGAGCCUUGUGGAUCAGAUCCAAGAGCUUUGUGACACCCAAGAUGAAGUUUCACAGACUCUGGCUGGUGGAGUAACCAAUGGUCUUGAUUUUGACAGUGAGGAAUUGGAAAAGGAGUUGGACAGCCUUCUUCAGGAUACCACCAAAGAACCUCUGGAUCUGCCUGACACCCUCCAGGAGACAUAUACCAACAGUGUGCCUAGCCCUAGGAUCUCGGAUGCUGAACUUGAAGCUGAACUUGAGAAAUUGUCCCUAUCAGAGGGAGGUUUGGUACCAAGCAGUAAAUCUCCAAAAAGACAAUUGGAACCUUCUCUCUAAAGCCACUGUACGACUUUCAAAUGAAGGACCCUCGUGUAAAAGAGAGAGACCAGGCUUGUGUUUGUGUACAUAGUUAUUUAAAUCAAAAGAUCUCAAAAAUGUGUUGGGAAGAGGAGGAGAGAGAACUACUCUGAUUUAUCUUGAUGCUACCACUACAGGACAGAGAGAACUUCCGGAGGCGUGCUACAAGGCUUGCUCCAGCUGGUAUCAUGGACCUGCCUUCUCAUCUUUCUAGUGCCACAAUUUAUACAGUUCUGUGUGUGCCCUGUCGUCUCUUAUAGCCUGCAGCUCUUGCCAUUGGCCCAUUUAGGUUUGUCUUCACUCAUCGGCUUUGUUCUAAACCACUUAAGGUGAAAAGUUUGCAGCUUUGUUUGCUAAAUCAAAACCAGCCCUCUUACCCCCAUCCUACUUUUUUUUCCUUGUUUCUUAGAGGAAUGUCUUCUCUCUGUAAGGUGAGUUAAAUAACUUCUUCUAGUUCUGCUCUACUUUCACUGGUAAGAAGAAUAAUGGGAAUCAGAUGGCUGCGACUUUAUGGAAAAACAGGCAGGGUCCCAGGUUGUUCUGGAGUCAUUUGCCACAAUCUCUUGGUAAUCAGAAAAAAAAAAGUGGUCAUCCCUGAGUAGCUCAGAGUCCUGACAACUGGAGAGGAGCUUGUGUGGUUGGUGGAGGCUGCUGUCCUUCCCUCUUAUGCAGAAGACCACCUGCUGACUGAAGAAAGGAUUCUUCCUCUUUUCAACUUGAGGGGAGAAGCCUAGGUGACUACAGGGCUCCAAGUGUCCAAAUUUCAUAUGCACUUUUUAAAGAGGCAUCAUUUUUUUUGUGGUUGUUGUUGCCAUGCCCACAUCAUGGAGUAACUUAAAUCUGACUUAAUUAGAUAGGUAUCAGAACAAGUCACAACAACACACCUCCCCUUCUUAAGCCUGGCCACACAACAGCAGGUUCUUUGUGUGAAUUCCAAAAGCAUUUUUUACUGGUGCCCAGUGUGCAAUAGAAGUGGAAGACAUGGCCUUCUGCCAUAUCAGCUGUGUCUUCCCCAGCCCUCCUCUGCCUCUGCCUCCCACUCUGGAAGUCCCACUUUCCUUCUCCCUUUGAUAAGGUGGGACAGGAGUGGGUCUGAAUGCUCUGGCAACAGGGAGGAGGGAAGAUACUGGUCACACUGUCACUCUGCUCCCACAGUGCAAGUGUUCCUGCCUUGAGCCAUUUGCCCUGCCCCUCCAGCGUGAGGGGAUGAUGGAGAGCAGAAGACUUAGUUCCAGGCCAGGAACACAGAUCACUGUUCAACAAAUUCUUCUCCCAGCCUACUUUGGUAAACUGAAAUGUUGGGGGUGAAGAGAAACAAUCACUAUUUUUUCUUUUUUUUUUAAUCUUGUAAAUAAUUAAAAGACAAAGAAAAGCC